AUGAUGAAUCAAUUAAACGAACAAUCUGUAUUAAUGCCUGUGUCUUAUGCCCGCGAUUACGAGUACAGCAUUCAAGUGAAUCGUUGGUUGUUAAAACCGAUCGGUGCCUGGCCCAAUCUCACGAAGGCCACAAGAACUGAAAAAUUACUCGUCAAAUUGUUAAACUUUAUCUGUCAUUCGCUGAUUAUUUUCACGGUGAUGCCAUGCAUAAUGUACAUUUUCUACGAAGACGAGAGUUUGAAGACAAGAAUGAAGGCAAUCGGGCCGACAAGCCAUUGGCUGAUGGGAGAAUUGAAUUAUUGUUGUCUAUUGAUGAGAGCAAAGGAGAUCGUCUAUUGCAUUGAACAUAUAAAAUAUGAUUGGAAAACAGUUCGAAGGGCUAGAGAUCGAGAAUUGAUGAUAAAGAACGCCAAACUUGGUCGUUUCAUCGCGUGCAUCGCCGCACUUUGCAUGCAUAGCGGAAUUAUGUCCUACACCGUGAUCACAGGUUUCAAAAAGAUAACAUUUCAAAUUGGAAAUGACAGCUAUUCGAUGUAUCGGUUACCUUGUCCAUUCUAUACGAACCUGUUAGAUGUUAGGUUCAGUCCCAUGAACGAGAUCGUAUUCGCUCUUCAGCUCCUCUCCGGAUUCAUCUCAACCUCGGUCACAGUUGGUGCUUGCGGACUGGCCGCCGUAUUAGCAAUGCACGCGUGUGGCCAGUUCAACGUGGUCAUGAUCAGGUCGGAUAAGUUGGUGAAGGAUAACAAUGAGAAGAAACAGGAUGAGCAAACGCUCCACAAGAAGCUUGGUUUUAUCGUUGAGCAUCAUCUACGAACAUUAAGUCUUGUAUGGUAUAUGGAAAAAGUUAUGAAUAUGAUUUGCUUGGUUGAAUUGGUGGGAUGCACAAUGAAUAUGUGUAUACUUAAAUAUUAUUUUCUCACGGAAAAAUCAAAGACAAUAUUAGGUAUAUACGCAAUCGUAUAUGCAUCUAUGGUCUUUAAUAUAUUUAUAUUUUGUUAUAUAGCAGAGAUAGUUACAGAACAGGGCAAAAAAGUGGGAGAAAAAUUUUAUAUGACUGAAUGGUAUCAAUUACCUCAUAAAACUGCUCUCGGGUUAGUAUUAAUCAUCUCAAGAUCGAGUAUGGUAAUUAAAAUCACUGCUGGAAAACUCAUACAAAUUUCUAUCGCGACUUUUGCUGCUGUCUUUAAAGCAUCUUUUGCGUAUCUUAACAUGAUCCGUACAAUUGCGAUGUGAAUGACAACGUAUAAAGUAUGCAAAUUCUAUUGUAGAUAUUUUACAUACCGAAAAGAGAAAAAAAAACUUAAACAUAAAUUUUCAAAGUAAACAUAAACAUUAUUAUCCAUGUUAUCACUAUAUGUGUUACUAUUACUAUAAAAGUUCAUAAUUCUUAGGUCAA